UUUUUUUAAGAGAGCAUUUUGUGUGUCCAGUUGUUGUUCAAGUAUUCCCACACAGGCUGAAUCAUUUUGGACUAUGUUCCCUGGCUUGUUUGCGGAAGAGCGUCAUGUGUUCUUUUGUGAUACUACUUAAAUCGGACUUUUAAUUGAGAAAUGGUCGUCGUGACUAAUUUAAAAAAAAAAAAAAAAGAAAUUCAGGGAAGUACUGUUUAUUUCUGGUAAAAAUCCAGUGUGAUUGAACAUGUUUGCUUACACACAGAAAGGCUAUGUUUGGUUCACUUUGUCAGUAGAUUUGUCAUAAUUUCCAGCAAAUUACAUUUUUAUUAUCUCUGUGUGUGACGAUCUGAUAUUUAAAUUUGGACCAAGCUAGGAAAGUCUCAUUUACAGACAAAUGGUGGUUUAAACGAGGCCCUAAUCAAUGGUGGUUGAUCUUUAACCAGCCUGUGCAAUUGCCAAUUUUUGACUACGGAAUUCUGCCAUCCGCACUCGCUUAGUCGCUCUUUUUUUUGGACAAGACGCCAGCUUUUUUUAAAACUUUUUUUUUUUUUUAUUUUGCACUAAUUUAAAUUUACGAUAUUUUACAGCUACGUUACUUUAGGACAUGGACCUUUGCUUGACACUCCUCUUCAUCUGUCUGUACAACCAAGGAGUGACUAAUGCUCAGGCGGCAGAAGAAGAGUCGAACCCAUUGGUCCCCCUGAUUCCUUUAAUUCCUAGUCAAGAUCUAAACGAAAGCACACCAGAUCCAGGCAGCGCUAGCAUCACUGUCAGUCCGCCUCUGUCCAUGACAACAAACGCGCCCGGUGAGGAGAACUCAUCAGAGGAGGACGAGGGCUGCCCGUCCAUCGCCCGGAGCUCCGAGGCCAAAGUGGCCAUCGCCAGCGCCAUCCAGAAGCUGGGGGCGCAGCUCCUGCAAAACCUCAAGACCACGCCCGAGCAGCCCAAUGUCAUCAUAUCACCUUUCAGCAUUGCUUUGGCUCUCUCCCAGCUUGCUUUAGGCGCCGUCAAUGAGACGGAGGAGCUGCUAAUGCAACAUCUCCAUGGCAACACCAUCGCAUGCUACCACCAUUCCGUCAACAACAUCUUGGGGCAACUCCGAAACAGUGACCUGAAAAUCGCAACCCGCAUAUUCCUUCGCAAAGGGUUUAAGCCAAAGGACGACUUCCUCCAGGAGUCCAAGCGCCUGUACAACUCUGAGCCGGCCGUCUUGGAGAGCCUGGAGCAGCUCAAUGACUGGGUGGCGAACGCCACCAAUGGGAAGAUGAGCAACUUCCUGUCUGCAGUGCCGCCGAACAUGCUGCUCAUGCUCAUCAAUGCUGUCUAUUUCAAAGGCGAAUGGGAGGCUCGUUUUGACCCGCGCUUCACCACCACGGGGGUGUUCUUCCUAGAUGACAAGCACAUGGUCAACGUGGAAGUGAUGGAAGGUUCCAAACAUCCUUUGAGUUUACUUAAUGACAGUGAACUCGAGUCUCAGGUAGCAAGCUUCCCGUUUGUGAAGGGAAUGAGCUUUUUAGUGAUCAUGCCCAUGUCCGGCCACGUGAACGUGUCCUCCCUUGCACCCAAGUUAAACAUUUCCAGUAUUUACAACCGUCUACCCAAGGAAAGAGUCGUACAUGUUAAAGUCCCCAAAUUCAAGCUGGAGUACGCUCAGGAGCUGCAGGAAGUCUUCACGAAAUUGGGUUUGGGAGACAUGUUUUCCAGUCCCAAUCUGGCCGACAUGGCUGACGGGCCCCUCCUGGUGUCCAGUGUCCUGCACAAAUCCACCAUGGAAAUCAACGAGGAAGGAGCCGAGGCUUCUGCCGCCACCACCGUCGUCAUCUCGCGCUCGUCCAGCCCCAUCUUCUACCUGAACCAGCCCUUCCUCUUCGCCCUUGUGGACGAUAAGACGCAAGUACCGAUCUUCAUGGGCGUCAUCAACAACCCAAAUCCCGGCGCGCCGGUCUUGCUGAGAGGGGAGUCUAGAAGCAAUGAUAAAGACGCAUUGCAAAGCGAUAAGAAAAUGGGUCUGUUUGGAGGCCCGCCCAAGUAGGGACUGUCACGUGUGCAGCCACCAUUUGGUUAAAAAACAAACAAAAAAAAAAAACAAACAAAAAAACAUAAACACGUAGAACAAGAGCAUUGUGAUUGUACAAAAUGAGUGUACAAUACCAGAUAGCUCGAUUAAAUGUGUAAAACGUUAGUCCAUGUUUCAUUUGUUUCCUUUUCCACUAUUGUGUGCGAACAUCAUAUUCUAGAAGAAAAUGUUGGUCUAAAUGCAAAAUCAUGGACUUUUUUUUUUUUAAUUGUAGUACAGAAACAUAUACCUCCCUCGCUCCUGAAUUUCUUUCAUAUGUUUGUUUGGCAAGGUGAAUCUUACAUAAUCAGCCUCUCUGUUUAAUUUUAAAUCAUGAAAUACAUCAAAUAAAUACCAGUGGUUGAUUUGACAAAUGUGUUAUGGUGAAGUUGCCUUGUUGUGUAUGAACUAAAUGAGUGAUUCCCACUCGGAAGUGCUGUGCCACGUUAGUGUACUGUGAGGAAUUUCACUCAAAAUAUUUAUAUAAUAAGAAAAAUUAUUUGUUCCAUCUAUGCCAACAAGAAACUGAUGAUGAUUAAAUGCUUUCACUACAGUAGAUGGCAGAUGGUACAGUAAAUAUGCAUGUGUAUCACCUGUCAACAGCUUUACAGUAAACUAAACAUGAUCAGAUUUUUACAGAGUACAGUUGAGACAAGUCAUCAUUCUUUCACUGUGUGUGUGACCUGUUAUGUUUUGUUUUGACUGUUUAAAGGAAUGUUUCAAGAAAUGAUUGUAUUCAAAUUUAAA